AUGUCUUCGCCAGGUCUACAAGAUACUACUAAAAAGGAUAACCCAAUCGUUCAUUCUACAGCAAGUUCUAAGAAUCAAACUGAAGUUAAAGCUAAAAGUACUGUUACAGAACUCAAAGAUCAAACUAAAAUUUGUUCUUAUGAUCCUCAAAUAGUCGAAGACGCUUACGUUCCAUCAGUCCAAAGUACACAAUUGCAUAAACAAGAUGAAAUAGCUUCACUUUCUUACUGUAGUCGCUUAUUAAACACUAUGAAAGAGAAUGGUAUUAUUUGUCAACCUGUUUACAAUGGUAAUGAGACAGUACUUCAAGUCCAAGAAUCUCAAUCAAAAGUAAUUAUAUGUACUGGACUUUCAGAGCAAGAUAAAUCAUCAGGAACAUGUCAAUGUAAUAAAUAUUUUCCUCCUCAAUUUCAAAUGUUAGGGAGUUCAUGUCAUUUUUGUUAUCAUUCAAUUUUAUUACAUCGAGUGAAGCCUGAACUUGAGAAAAUUGUAUUUGAUGAUACUAAAACUGAAUCUGAACAAAAUGAAUAUAAAUAUUGGUUUGAUAAAUUUAUUGAAUUACAACGAUUAUACUGUUAUACAGAUAAAAAUUUGCCAUUUGAUAAUAACCUGUUUAUUGAGAUUUAUGAUAAAUCACGUCAAGCAUCAUUAAGUUUUAUUCAAAGUCCUAAUUAUAGAUAUGUUUUAAUCAAGUACACAUAUGCUGGUGUAUAUGACGAAGGAGAAAGUUUAUAUGAAACAAAAUAUCGUAUUAUUAGUUUAGAAACAAUGCUAUCAGUCAAAGUAGAUGAAGAUUUAAAUCAUUCAUGGUCUUAUUUUCGAGAUGGUGAUCAAAUGGAACAUGGCUUUCGAACUAUUGCAUGGGAUUUAAACAGAUCAGCAACAUUAAUUGCAACGUAUGUUGAAAAUCUAGAUGUAAUCAAUGACAGAUCAUAUCCAUCAUUUAUUAAGAAGGUUGUAAACAUCGAAUGCCCAGAUACCAAUGACAAUAGUAUAGCAGCAACUUAA